AUGGAUAUGGAUGAAUAUUUCUUGAAUUUAGAAGGCAAUGGCAUUAAUCUUUUGACAAUUACCCUAUUGAUCGCCAUCGCUCUCUUCUUCUUACUCAAAAAAUCUGAAGCUGCUCCACCACUCCCACCAGGCCCAAAUCCAUGGCCAAUCAUAGGCAACAUCAAUCAUCUCCUCACCCACAAACCUCUUCACAUCUCCUUAGCAAAUCUCGCCCAAACCCACGGCCCUAUCAUGCACAUCAAGCUCGGAACACAACACCUCAUCGUCGGAUCCUCCCCGGCCGCCGCCGCCGAAAUCCUCAAGGCCAACGACCGCCAUCUCUCGGGGCGGUUCGUCCCCCACGCCGUGCCAAGAACGCCGGCCCAGAUCGACACCAUGUCGUUCUGGGCCAACUCCACCAGCCGCCACUGGAAGAGCCUCCGCGCACUUUGCCGCGCAGAGCUCUUUGCGGCUGCGGCGCUGGAUCGGAAUGGCCGCGCGAGGGAGGAGAAGGCGGCGGAGCUGGUGGCGGAGAUGAGGCUGAAGCGAGGUGUGGUGAAUGUGGGGGAGAUGGUUUGGGCGACGAUGGUUAAUAUGUUUAGCAAUGUUUAUUUUUUGAGAGAUUUGGUGGUUGGGUUUGGGGAGAAUCCGAUGGCGGAUGUUUUGAAAGGGAUCGGUGAAGCGUUCGAUGCUAAGGAUUUGUCGGAUUUGUACCCGUUUUUGAGGGUGUUCGAUCCUCGGGGUUUGCGAAGGAUAUAUAUGGAAUGUUCGAAGAGGACGUGGGGAAUAUGGGAGCCUAUUGUUAGGGAGAGGAGAGUCUCGGAAUUGAAGCACUGUGAUUUUUUGGACACACUUAUUUCCAGAGGUUUUGGUGAUGAUCAAAUUAAUCACUUGUUAGAGCUAAACUCAGACAAGAACUGGACGCUACAUUCGGCGGUCAAGAUUCACUCACUACAAUAGCCUCCAAAAUCGACAAUCUACCAUACCUCCAAGCGUGUAUUAAGGAGAUGUUGAGGCUGCAUCCUCCGGCCCCGUUGAUGCUCACCCACCGCGCCUACACGGCCUGUCUCGUCAUGAACUAUACCGUCCCACGCCACGCCCAGGUUCUCAUCAAUGUGUGGGAGAUUGGGCGCGAUCCGACACUAUGGGACGACCCUCUGCACUAC